GUGGCCAUGGUCCUGGUGCUGUUGGUCGCCAUUCCCCUAUUGGUCCACAGCACUAAAGGGGGAGGUUCUGGAGGCACAGGGACCCAUUAUGAAAUGCUUGGCAGCUGCAGGAUGGUGUGUGACCCCUACACCCCCCCUCAGGGCAGCCAGGAGCUGGCCAUCAUAUCACCACCACCACCAGAUUUCACCGGAAAAAGAGGGAAGUCUGGAUUCCGUGGGCCACCAGGGCUUCCGGGCCCUCCUGGACCCAGAGGGCCCCCUGGAGAACCUGGCAGGCCUGGGCCCCCAGGUCCCCCUGGUCCUGGGCCUGGAGGCUAUGUGCCCUCAUUCUACAGCCCCAAGAUCGCCUUCUAUGCAGGGCUUCGCAAACAGCAUGAGGGCAGUGAAAUACUGAAGUUUGAUGAUGUGGUCACCAAUGUGGGAAACUACUAUGAGCCGAGCACCGGCAAGUUCACCUGCCCCCUACCCGGCAUCUACUACUUCACCUACCAUGUGCUCAUGAGGGGCGGGGAUGGGACCAGCAUGUGGGCAGAUCUGAAGAAGAAUGGACAGGUCAGGGCCAGUGCCAUUGCCCAGGAUGCAGACCAAAACUAUGACUAUGCUUCCAACAGCGUGAUCCUGCACCUCGAUGUUGGGGAUGAGGUAUGCGUGCAACUAGAUGGCGGAAAGGUGCAUGGAGGCAACACCAACAAAUACAGCACCUUCUCUGGCUUCCUCAUCUACCCAGACUGA